AUGUACAAUUUUUUGCGAACUUCUUCUAAAUCCACUUUUUUAUUUAUAUAUAUAUUUUCAGCGUAUGAAGUUUACUUUCCAAUGUCUGCAGUGAAAAUGAAUUUGCCUAUAAAUGAGAAAUCGGAAAGUAUUUUUUCAAAAAUACCGCUUGGCCGUUUCCAGGUUUUAGCUGCUGUUAACAAUAGUGCUGCGCCCGAUUAUAUAUAUAGUAUGGAAACGAAUAGUUUAUUAUAUAUAAAUAACGAAACGGCUGAGAUAUUCAUGAGAAGUGGCUACCAUAGUCUUAGUGAGAAGACCAAAUUUUUAAUAACUGCCAUACCAAAAAGCAGAGCAAUGGGCAACAAGAUGGCGCACAUGUCACUUGAAAUAAAUCCGCAAACUCAAGAUGAGUAUUGCCAAAAUUUAGAAAAUAUUUGCUUUUGGACAGAAGCUCAUUAUACUAUUUUGGAAGAUGCAAAUAAAAGUAUGGAGGAGUUUUUACCUGUGCUGGUUGGAUUGUUAAAUCCACUUGCUGCACAGUAUCUCUGCGUGAAUUGGCAGUUAAGAUACACGCUGGAAAAUGGUAGUGACUACUUUGCUUUGAAGAAUAAUCUUAUUUAUACCAAAAUUCCAUUGGAUCAUGAAUCUUUGAAUGUUACCGAAACUAGCAACCUGACGGUUGUAGUUAUUUGCAUGGUCAAGACCCAACCGGAUGUUGUGACUGAAUUUCAAAAAAUGCUAAAUAUUACAAUAGUGGAUCGUAAUGACAAUGGACCAGAGCUACAAUAUAAUAAAACAUAUCAUUAUAAUUUGGAAGAUCCACAUUUUAGAAUGAACGAAAUUAUUGGAGAUAAAAUUAUAUUCAUAGACAAAGACUCCGUUGAGACAAAUUCCCAUCAAACAUAUAAGAUUUACAAUGACACCAACGAAAUUGUGCGCCCCGUUUGCAAUGUCUAUGAAACGGACCACACUGGAAAACGUCAUUCAAUAAUCAGCUGUCAACUGGUAUUUGCACGCAAUGGGAUAUUGAGUGAGUCCCCAUAUUGUUUUGUUUUGGAAGCAAAUGAUAAGACAAUUGAUAGCAAUACAUCUACUAGCGCUCAAGCAAAUAUAUGCUUGCAUACGGAUACAGAAAAAAUUCACGAAACGGACCGUCCAAAAGCUUUAGCUUUACGUACCCGACAAAAUCGCAAGACGACAAAUAUUAUUAAUUCUGAUGAGUCAAUAUUAUACUCUGAUAGCAACAGUUAUAGCAGAAAUAUAUUACAUACCAUCUAUUGUUCCUAUCCAAAAGACGUAUAUGUGCAACGCACGGCAACUUCAUACUAUCGCGUAACACAACCGGAUGAAUUUAUGGACUUAUUACGAUUAAAGCGACUGCGAUUUGCUAUUGCAGAGGACCGUAGUGGUGCUUUCGGCAUAACACCGAUUGGUGGUAUUAUUUAUGUGAAAAAUACAACUUCCCUGCAAACCGCUCAAGAGGAGGUCUAUUUCUUGAACAUUACUUGGCAGGACGCACAUCAACGUUCUUUUGUUAUUAACGUACACCUCUUACAGAUUCAGUCAAAAGGUGCAGUUUGCGAACACAAGGUUAAGUCUCGCAGCCAAACCUGUGCCCAAAUCAAAUACCAAACUCAAUGUGUCAAGUUUUGCGGUUUGGCAACAAAUGGUGAGGGUUGCGUUUGGCGUGGCUCGAAUGGUGGUUUUUUUGGACGUAACUUCGCUUCAUGUGUACCGAAUGUAACAUUUUGUCCAGACAAUAUAUGCGAUCCAUUAGAGACGAUGAAUACUUUUAUAUGUCCGCAGGAUUGCACUCCAGGUAAUAAAAUUAUGGGUCCACAUUCAACAAAUGAAAAUAAGCUCGGUAUACUCUCCGCAUCGGGGACUUGUAUAUGCGAGGAUAAUGGAAAAUGUUCAUGCGCUCCACUUGAUGAUGAGCCUAAACUGAAACGUAAGCGGAAAAAUGAAACAAAAACAGAGCUUCUGGAGAAACUUAAAAGCGAUAAAUCGACCAGUAAUUAUGAGAACGCCGAUGAGCAAAAUAUCAAUUUAGGUGGUUUUGUCUGUGGCAAAUCCUGCUUAAUUAUUUCAAUUACAUGUCCAUUAGUUUUUAUAGUUCUUAUAAUAUGUUUAAUUAUAUCGCGACGUAAUUUACUGCGAAAAACUUUGGGCAAAGAAACGCUUGCUACACAAAAGGGAACUGCAGGCUUGGGUGGUGAUUGUGAUGUUCGCAAUGGUGAUCUACCAUUGAUGGAGUUGGAGAACGGCUUUACUUUUGAGUCUAACGAUACUAUUUGGGAAUUUGAUCGUGAAAAACUUGUGUUAGACACUGUGUUGGGAGAGGGUGAAUUCGGUAAAGUGGUUAAAGCAUACGCUACAGAUAUUGCUGGCAUAAUCGGCAUUACCACUGUUGCUGUAAAAAUGUUGAAAACUGGUGCUAAUUCUGUAGAGUAUAUGGCACUACUAUCUGAGUUCCAACUGCUACAAGAAGUUUCACAUCCAAAUGUUAUAAAACUGCUAGGUGCUUGCACUAAGGGAGAAUCUCCAAUGAUUAUAAUUGAAUAUGCCCGUUAUGGCUCUUUGCGUGGGUAUUUACGCUUAAGUCGCAAAAUUGAAUCUGCAGGUGUGGACUUUACAGAUGGUGUUGAACCCGUAACAGUUAAGAAUAUAUUAUCAUUUGCUUGGCAAAUAUGCAAAGGAAUGGCUUAUUUAACGGAAAUAAAGUUGGUGCAUCGUGAUUUAGCGGCUCGCAAUAUACUUUUGGCUGAUGGAAAAAUUUGUAAGAUUUCCGAUUUCGGUUUAACACGUGAUGUAUAUGAAGAUGACGCUUAUCUUAAGCGUUCCCGAGACCGAGUGCCAGUAAAAUGGAUGGCACCUGAAUCAUUAGCCGAUCAUGUCUACACCACCAAAUCGGAUGUCUGGGCUUUCGGAGUAUCUUGUUGGGAAUUAAUAACAUUGGGUGCUUCACCUUAUCCAGGUAUACCGCCACAAAACUUAUACCAUUUACUCAAGUCGGGUUACCGUAUGGAAAAACCAGAAAAUUGCUCUGAAGAAGUAUAUACUAUUGUGCGUACUUGUUGGACUGAUGAUCCGAACUCACGUCCUUCAUUCAAAUACUUAGCAUCUCAAUUUGAGAAAUUGCUUGGCAACAAUGCUAAAUAUAUAGAACUAGAAACAAAUGCAGUUUCUAAUCCACUGUAUUGUAGCGAUGAAACAAAACUUUCCAAUAUGGCUGAAACAGACCUAACAAAACUCACAAAUAAUUUAGGUGAACCUGAUUGUCUAGAUCACUUAUGGUGUUCACCAAAAAUAAGUUACGAUUUACCUGACGGCUCAAAUAGUCGGGAGUUUUCGACUAAUUUAAGCGCAGAGUUUCAACCACCACCUGGUUACGAUAUGCCACGUCCACUAAUAGAAACUGCAACAACAGAGCAGGUCUUACGUUAUGAGAACGACUUGCGAUUUCCAUUGAAUAUACGAAAAUCUGUCUGCGCAAACAGCAUUGGAUCUAAUUCCCAAAACUACGACAGCAAAUGUGGUACUGAACAUUAUUCGGUUCCAGUUAAACGUGGACGUUCCUAUAUGGAUAUGACAAACAAAACUUUAAUACCAGACAAUUUAAAUAGUGAUGAUUUCGAAAAGCAUAUAGCCAAAACAAUCUCAUUCCGAUUCUCUAGUCUACUAAAUCUUAAGGAGCAGGAAGAUGUUAUUUAAGUACAGAAUAACCUUCAAUAGACAUUUUUAAGAACUGUUUCAGUUAAUUGUUGAUUAGUUUUAGUUUUUAUUGUAAAUGAAAAGAUUGGUUCGUUUAUACUAAACUUUCUAAGCAUAUACAUGCUUAAUUUAUUUAAGUCUGCAAGAG